UGGUAGUAUGUGUAAUAAAAACAGGCAAAUGCAUAUGAAGGUGUACAUAAAAAUAAAAAAAAUGUUUUAAUUUCUCUAACUUAUCCAACGAGAAAGGCAUUAGGAGUGUUAUUCCAUGUAAGAAACUUUAUUGAAUGCAUUAAAUCGACUCUAGUGAUGACCUAGAAUGUAAGAAAGCUUAAGAAAAUGGCAUGAAAUAACUUGUAUGCUUUAUGAAUUUAUUUAUCUACGUGUCAGUGAAUCGAAAAUAAAGAGGAUAAACGUCAUAAGUGAUUUGAACACGAUGUCUGGAUGUUAAAACAUAUUAUUGUAACUUUUUUAUUUUGUUAAUUUUUUAUUGUUUAUUUAUUACAAAAAAAUAUUUCUCAAUAGUGCAUCAGUGUUGAAUACAAUUUCUUUAUUUAUUUAAAUUAUAAAUAUUUGUAAAAAUGCCAGAUGCAAUUGAAGAAAAAAUCCAAAAUGUUCUCCAAGCAUUGAGCUUAAAUGACUCUGAAGAAAUUUGUGAUUUUACUUUAUCUCAGCAAAAUGAUGCUAUUGAAGCAAAAGGAGUGAAACCAACAGUCAGUUCAGAUUACGUUCCUAUCUGUCAAAAAACAGUUACUUACAUCGUUGCUGCAGUGAUAUUUAAUGAUAAAGACCAAGUAUUAAUGGUCCAAGAAGCCAAACCUUCAUGUGCUGGAAAAUGGUAUCUACCGGCUGGUCGAGUAGAACCAAAUGAAAAUUUAUUAGAAGCUGUUAAACGUGAAGUACUUGAAGAAACUGGAUUAAAAAUGGAGCCAAAAUCAUUGAUUAUGGUAGAAUGUGCUAGUGGUUCAUGGUUUAGAUUUGUAAUGGCUGGAACAAUAACAGGCGGAAAUUUAAAAACACCUGACCAAGCUAAUGAAGAAUCAUUACAAGCAUCUUGGAUUGACAAUAUUAAUGAUUUACCAUUGAGAUCAUCAGACAUUCUACCAUUGAUUCAACGAGCACGUGACUUUCAUAAUGCCGUCAAUCCACCUUGGUAUGCAUCAAUUCUUCCGGUUGAAAAAUCGUGGAAUAAAUUAUUGCUCAGACUUAUCGUGUGUAUAAAAAAAAAAGCUACAAAUCGUAUGCAUGUAUUAAUAUCUGAAAAAUCGUAUCUUCAUUUACCAAUGUGCGAAAUAAACCCUGGCAAAAAUGUACACUCAACACUACAUAGAUUUAUGGUUGAAAUUUUCGGGGAACAAGUUGCUUCACAUCGACCUCACGGUUUAUUAUCAGUAGAAUUCAGUGGAGAAACACAAGGGGAUGGAUUAUGUCUAACGUUAUUAGUAUCAUUCCGUCCUGCAUUGGAAGAAGUAAAAAUAAAUGGAAAAUACGUAUGGCAUGAGAUAUCAAAAAAUAUAGCUGAUUUAAUAGCGGAUAGGUUACCGCGUAAUAUGACAAUACCACUAAAUGUUAUACGCUAAUAAAUUAUUUUGACGGACCGAUGAGAAA